AAUAAUUCUUAUGUCGGUCAAAAUGUAUGACACAACAUAUAGGUUGCCACCGUGUAAACAAACUAAUUUCUUGUAGUUCUGGGUCAUGGCAGUUACUCAAUGAGUAUAUUUAUUAUUUUACAAGUCUGUAACAGUUUUUGUUUUGUGUGAAAGAAUCAAUGACCAGUUCCACCAUUUUAUGUAGGCGAAAUUGAAGCAUAUCAUAUCAAAUCAUGGAGGCUGAAGGAAACCUUGAUGAAUGUAGUCCAUUUCUAUUUUCAACACCCAGUCCAGUUGAUUCUGCAUCAAGUCAAGAGCUAUGCUACCUUAAUGAAGGUUCUUUACAACAAGAUGAAAAUGGAGGUCGUUUACAAAGAAAGGGUUGUUUACCAUCAUCUCAUGUUGAUUUUCUUAAUCUUGUCUUCCCACCAACACCUCAGCAAUCUCCAACUAGCCUACCAACUGAAGAUUGUGAAAGUAGGGAAAAUACUGAAAUGCUGAAUGAUAAUCUUACCAAAGUUAUUGUACAGGAACAAGAAGGCAGUGACUUACUGUUGAUGGACAUUUCUCAGCAUCAUGGACAAAACAAAGAGAAGGAAUCUUCAUUUGAUGUUGAGAUGGAAGAUGUUACAGACACACCAAACGCAAGGCAAGAAAUAGGAAAAUCUUCAAGAAAGGAGAAAGAAAAGUCAGGGAAAGUAAAAACGUGCUUUGACAUUCCACCAUGUGUUAUAUGCACUGGAAAAGCUUCAGGGGCUCAUUACGGUGCUAUAACUUGUGAAGCUUGUAAAGGAUUCUUUCGACGUUACUUACAGAAAAAAGGAGAAUAUAAGUGCUCAAGAGGAGGAAAGUGUGAAAUUAUAAAUAGAAAUCGGGGUAACUGUUCAGGGUGUCGUUUAGCAAAAUGCUUGGCUUUGGGGAUGUCAAAGGAAAAGUCUAAAUUAGGGAGGUACACUCUAACUAAGAGAACUGAAGCAAUAAAGAAUAUGAAUAUACUUGAAGGAAAGGUAGCAACAGAUUCCUUAGAAGAGGGCAAUGAAAUUCCUGUGGUUGAUGAAAAAUGUGAAACUAGCAAGUAUGAUCCGGAGUCAGAAAUGAUAGGCAGGAAGAUAAGCCAGAAUGCAAAGGACUUAAAUGUUUCUAAUGGUUUCUCUGAACUCCUUAUAUCUGAGCUAGUGCAAGCUAUGCACGAAAUAAAACCAUAUGGGAAAGAUAUCAAAACAAAGGAGCAGAUUUAUGAAAGACAUCUGUUUCAUGCAGAAAGGUACAAACAAAAAAUUGAACUGUUUGGUAGUAUGAACACUGUCCCUAAAGAGGAGUUCAAUAAAUUGUACAAGGAGUUUGGCAUUGAUAUUGAUGGAAGAAUGGCAGAUAUGAAAAUAUGCUGUAAAGAUUUGGAGGGCAUUGUUGAACGCUAUUGUAACUUUGCAAAGCAUAUCCCAGGGUUUCAUAAUUUACCAUACAAGGAUCAGUCAUCAUUACUAAAGGUGGCCAGGGCAGAUUUUUUCAUUAUUAUAAUGAACGAGAGCUAUAGUAAAGAACAUAAGAUUUAUCUAGGGCAGGAUGGUAUAGGCUUCCAUAUAGAGGAGAUGGCAGAUAAAUUUCUGUCUCGGGAAUUAUUAGUUGAUUUGUGUGAUGUGUAUACCAGGUGGCAAAAGUUACAGCUAAGUGAGGAAGAGAAGGCAUUGAUAGGUGCAUUGACUCUAGUUUGUACUGACAGAUGCGAACUUGAAAACCGCUAUGCAGUUGAGAAAAUACAAUAUGCUAUUGCAGAUCUUAUUCAAUCGGUACUGUAUGCACAAAAUAAAUCAACAUCUCAGCUAAGAUUCACAAAAAUCAUUGACACAUUAACCAGUAUGAGAAACGUCUCGGAACUGUAUCUAAAAGAGUACAAUAUUAUGUGUAAAGACGAUGUUAUUGUUCAAGAAUUGCCAAUGUUGUCCGAGUUUUUUCUAGAAGAAUAUGACAAUAUUGAGAAAAGUGACAAACAAUGA